AUGUCAAUCAGGCAAAGGAUACCGUUCCGCUUCUCGGAGAACCCGGAGGACGACCAUGUCCUGGACGAACAAGGUGCGUCGUGUCUAGCUCGCCAUGAGCACAACGUCGUCGAGCCAGCAUCCGCAGAACAAGAGGAGCUCAUAGAAAGCCUCAAGAACCAGAGCUAUGCCGCCGCGUCGCAAUACAUGCUCCUCGGCCAGGUCGUCAUCACACUCUCCACCCUACUCCACGUUAUCUACGUCCUGAGAUGGGACAAGAUCUCACCGCUCUACGCUGUCCUCCCCUCCCGCUGGCACCCCGCGCCCUCCCCUCCUCCUCCUACCGCCCCACGCCACCAUCCGACGAUCGCUCUCCUCCCUCCCACCGCCCCUGGAAGCGUACUCCCUCCCCCUGCCGGUCCUCCACCCUCUCAUAGCGAGCUUAACCGUGCUGACACCGGCGCUGGCGCUGCUGCGGCAGUGCAGCUGGCCCGACGUGGCUUGGUGGUGUGCCCCGCUGGCGAUGUCCUGGUUCGUCUACUCCUGCGCAGUUGGACUGACCAGAACGUGGAGGAGAUCCGUGAGCUGGAGCGUCUCCGCUACGACGCUCGAGGCGCAUAG